AUGUACUCUACAGCCAAGGCUGGUCCUCAACGCCUGACGAGCACGUCUGCACUGGACCACAAGUUGUCGCAUCGGCGUACCCUGCCGUCGCUCCCGCAUUUCGACCGUCCCUCGAUUGACCCAGGCAAGGCAGUGAGCAAUAUUCUCUAUAACAUUCCGCCUCCUUCAACACAGCCCUUUAAGCGCCACAUUCUCAAUAUGUUCGUCCAGGACGAACCCGGUGUGCUUGCGCGUGUGUCGGGCUGUCUCGCGGCGCGUGGAGUCAAUAUAGAUUCUCUUGUCGUGUGUGCGACGGACGUGCCCGAUCUUUCCCGUAUGUGCAUUGUGCUCCGUGGCCAGGACGCCACGAUCGAGCAAGUCCGACGACAGCUUGAGGACCUUAUCCCCGUAUGGGCCGUGGUGGACUAUACUCAUACCAAGGUUAUCGAGCGUGAAAUUAUGCUGGUGAAAAUUUCCACGCUAGGUCCCGAAUACUUUGAUGCGGACCACUUCGGCUUAAUGGACGAGGCCGAGUACGAAGUGGACAAUGCUAUUACGCAGGCCGAAGGCCAUGAAAUCGCCCAGCAGCCUCUUUCGCUCUCCGCAGGAGAGGCGCUCUCGAUUAAAAGUGACAAUAUGCGCUCGAUUUCCGCACUUGCUAAGCAAUUCCAAGGGUGCAUUGUCGAUGUGAGCGACACCUGCGUGAUUGUCGAAUUGGUUGCAAAAACGUCACGUAUCGACGCCUUCUUCAAGCUCGUACGACCGUUUGGUAUUCUUGAGUGCUCUCGCUCGGGUACAAUGGUGCUCCCGCGCAGCCCGAUCAAGUCGUCUUGGGUGAGUCAGAGCGACCAAGAGGAUGAGUCUGGCGCCGUGAUGGAUCCGACGAUGCUUCCGCCCGGGUAG